UGGUAAGGGGCGGAGGGGAGCUUAAUAAGGAAUUGUUUAGUCUUAAAUGAACGCACAUGCGUUUCAAUGUAUGUUAACCGAUUCCUAAUUAAUGUUCUGCCAGCUUGUUUGGAGUGUUUAAGCAACUCACGAUGAUACAGGAUAGGAGGCAUUGGGUGUAAUAGUUACAGAAUAGAGGCGCGUUGGGAGCGCUUCUGGGAGGUGUUUAAGAUUUUGGCAUUUCAAGGACCCGACCAAAAGUUCUCCAGUUUAAUAACCCACUGUAGUUGACUUUCACUCUGAAUUCACGCCAUGUUUAACAUUUGAUCAAGACAAUGUAGUUCCGAUUUUGUCUGUCAGUAUAUGUGACUGCAAAUGGUGGAUUGUGCGCAAUAUCUGGAACAACUUUAAAACAACAACUGGUCUCAACGCUAAGCGGGUCAAGUAGCAAGGCUGUGUAGAAAUAAGCCUAGUGUUAGAACAACAACCAAGCACUGAAAUCGUCGGUUCCGGUAUCUUCCACCUCCGCCAGCGACUGAUGGUGGAAAAUGGAUUGGGAUUCGUUCCACGAAAGAUCAGAGCCAGAAUGAGACAGAUAAAACAUGGUUCUCGAGAGAAGGUGGUAUUGUUAAAUCUUUUUCUCUCUUCUACCACUAACUAUGCCGGUCCCGGGUCUCUCAAUGUGUGGAAUUCAAUCCAGUGUUGUAAAAACGGCGUGAGCGGCCGUUUUCGUUGUUUCUACAGACUGUGCAAGCUCCGCGGGCGAUGUCGGUACACACGGAGUACCUUCGCGAGGGACGGCGUAUAAACUGAACUGUCACCUGGAGCUGUAGGCGUGAGUUCCGCUAGCCUGAGCGCUGGGUCUGUGAGUACCGAGCCUUUGACUGUCCCUUUCAUUCCCUCGCCUCUUCUCCCCGUGAGUGUCGGAUGUUGUGCGCAGAAACAAGGAAGCGCCUCUCGGCAUAGCUCACCUCCUCCCCGUUCAGUCACUACAACUUCAUCGCCUCAGUCAGCCUAGUGCCCUGAUAUUCGACCUGUAUGCUGACCAGAAAAUCCCGAAAAGAGGACUGAGCCUUUACUGAGUCGAGCAUUUGGUUGCUUGCGACAGAAAGUGAGGCCAUUUCGCCCAGCGAGACCAUGCUGGCUCAUGGAGCAAAUCGGUUCCUUUUCUGUAAUUUUUUUCCUGUAGCUUGCUUUCCACAUUCUCAUCGAUUCUGCCACUCGCCCUACGCUCGGUGCAAUUCAUCGUGGUCAGCUAAACUACCGACCCGCAGAUCUUAGUGAAGUGGGAGAAACCCCACGUGGAGAGAAAGAAGAGAGCGCAAAUUUCGGAGAGACAACACCCGUGGAGGAGCUGUGAGGCUCUUCUCUAGCAGACGGAAGCGCCUCUUAAACACGGCAAGCAUCGCUAGGACUAGAGCCAGUGAUAGAGAAGGAUCUAAACUACGAAUUGGUGUGUUCUCUUUGCAAAAGUCAAAGAAAUCAGCAAAAAUUCCUGAAGAAUGUCCACUGACGGCAAUCAGAAGCAGCAAUAUCCUUUCAUGAAUACAUGUUUAGCAUUAAGGGGUACUACAAAGAAUCACUUGUGCUUAAAGUUGUCCAUGUGCCUUUUGUUUUCAUUGAAGUUGUUUAUUUUGAUUAUAUUAAUGCUUUACUACAGCAACAAAGGUGAUUUACGAUUUCAGGGUGUGAAGUACAAGGUAUCCAACCACAUCAAAUGUCCACCCGUUGACAUUAAUUUUGGGAGAAAUGCUUCAUCUCUCACUAAAAGUAAUACGACUAUUUUCUUUUUGGAGACCUCCAAACGAACCAACCCAACAUUUUUGACCAUGUGUUCUGUGGAAUCUGCUGCAAGGUCUCACCCCAAAGCCAAAGUUGUCUUUUAUAUGAAGGGGCUUACAGCUACAGGUGGUAAGCAAACCCUAGAGAUGUCUCUAUUGAACUGCUUUCCAAAUGUUGAGAUCAAGCCAAUAGAUCUGAAAGAGAUUUUUGCAGAUACUCCAUUGUAUUCCUGGUAUUUGCAACUGAAUACAUGGUGGCAACCCUAUCUUAUAACAACUAUUUCUGAUGCAGCAAGGCUUGCUGUAAUUUGGAAAUAUGGUGGAAUUUACUUGGACACUGAUAUUAUUGUUCUUAAAAAUCUGCUAAAUCUUACCAAUUCCAUUGGGAGAGAACAAAAAUAUUUAGUAAAUACAGCUUUUCUGGCCUUCAAUCAACACCAUGACUAUAUUGGACGUUGUUUGAAAGAUUUUGUUGAACACUAUAAUGGCUGGAUCUGGGGUCACCAGGGACCUCAGCUGGUAACUAGAAUGCUUAAAAAGUGGUGUCAAAAGAACAGUGUAACCAAGAUACAACAGUGCAAAGGAGUUAAAAUGCUAAAUCCUGAGGCUUUUUAUCCAAUCCGUUGGCAGGACUGGAAAAAGUACUUUGAAGUUGUAAGUCACUCAGAGGCUCAAGAGUUACUGAAGAAUUCUUAUGGCGUGCAUAUCUGGAAUAAAAAGAGUCAUGGAACUCGAUUCCAGAUAGGAUCCAAAGUGAUGAUUGACCAACUCAGCUCAGUUUAUUGUCCACUCUCAUACAAAAUGAUGAGCUGGCAGGAAAAUAUGUAAAGCAAUUAUUAUUACUUCAAGGACAUUAGUAUUCAAAUCAGAUUUAAAAAUUAUUUGAUUUCAGAUGAAAUCUGCAAAAUUGUUAACUUCAAUUUAAAGUUUUGCUCCAUGUGUUGUAUUUCCUGCAAAAUAACUGGUUGUUAAUAUCUUGUAUAAUUCUGAUGAUAAUAAAUUAUAUGUUUUAUCAAAACUAAAUUUUGUUGUUUAAGAAGAGGUUCAAAUAUUGGAGACACUUCAGACUUAUUGACGAGUUUUGAAUAUCCUUGCCUGGAGUUUCAUUCUGAACUUGCAUUUCCUUUUGUGUUUAACUUGCCGAGAAUGUGGGGCAAUCCAUAGAUCUAUCUUGUGCUUUAUUAU